GUAUGGAAAAUCAUUAACAAUAACGUUCCUUAGUAACACAGCAACUAUGCAAGAAUAAAUCAUGAACAAAUCUAAUAACUAUUUGCAAUGAAUAAUGCGUCGCGCUUCAUUACUAAUGAAUGAAGAUGAAUAGGAACAAGGAAGAGUCUUAUUGCAGAACCAUGAGCAGCCUAAAACAUAACAAACAAUAACGGUGGAAACAGUAGCCAAAAAAAGACUAUUAUUAUUAUGAUUUAUGACAAGUUAAGCCUGUUUUUGUAUUCCUGUACUAGAUUAGGUUAAUUUAGCAAUCACACAGAGGUAUUACCUUACUUAAUGAAAAGUGUUAGUACAGAUUUUGGACCAGUAGGUUACGUGGUACUUGUUUCAUAAAGAAAUGAACAGCCAGUUAAUGGUGGACUGUUAUGUUAAUGAUUGUUUUAAAUAUCUAAUCCGGCAUGAAGAUUUCAGAGAAACCUUACUCUAUUAAUUCAUUCAAUCUUUAUUCUGGACUUUUAGUUAGAGGUUUAACUUAUUUAUUGCUGCUCUUAAUAAGUUAUUAUAACAUGAAAAUCAUGAUGAUUUCGCAUUUCAGUCUCAAAAUGUGUUAUUUUUACAAACCUACUUAAGACUUUCAGUAAUUCACUUACGCAAAACACUUGUGAUUAUUUCAGAAACAAGUCUUGUUUGUAUAGUUUAGUAAACUCUCCUUCAUUCAUUAGUAAUUAAGCUUCUCAUAGUAUUCAUUUUAAACAGUUACUUCAUUCAUCUGUAGUUACCUGGUAAGAAAGGAACCUUACAUGAAAGUGUUACCUCAAAAAAAAAAAAUAUACAGCAUAAUAUAAGUCUUUUUUUAAGUGUUUAUACAAUGACAUGGAUGGCUGAGUGUGUUAACGUGCACUCUCUGGUGUCUCCCAUUUCACCUGGUAUCUGAUAGUGUAGAACCUAAAGAAGGUGAUAUUCUCCAAGCUGUCUUUCCUCAGCUCCUUAAUUGUAGAAAUUCCUUACCUGUUUACCUGUGCAUGGAACUCUAUCCACUGACCCCUUGCCAAGUAGAUUUUAAUGAGCUACCUUUCAAAAAAAAAAAAGAGCCUUUAUUGUCCUAAAGGCAGUUUUUGGCUCCUGAACAGUGCUCUCUUUCUUUAAUGAAAGAAUCAAUAUCUCUUACUCUCUCCCUCUCCUUCCUUUAUUCCAAAGGAGCCAAAAACCUGUGAGUCCCCUUGAUUUGCCUUUUUUUUUCCCCCUCCACCAUGUCCUCCCUGUGUCCUUAAUCUAGAGACCACUGGACGGUGAGCACUUGAAGCAUAUUGGAGCAUUAAGACAUAUAGACUCUGUGGCUGGGUUUUCACUAAAGUCUGCAUCCCUCAGGACAUCGAGUAAAAGGCCUCCAUAUGGCUCUGCAGGUGCUGGGCAUCACGCUGUCUAUGAUUGGCCUGGCAGGCACCAUCAUCAUCUGCGCCCUGCCCAUGUGGAAGGUGACAGCGUUUGUGGGCACUAACAUCGUGGUGGCGCAGGUCUUCUGGGAGGGCCUGUGGAUGACCUGUGUGUACGAGCGCACGGGCCAGAUGCAGUGCAAGCUGUACGACGCUCUGCUAGACCUGGACCCAACACUGCAGGCCUCGCGUGGCCUCGUGGUCACCACUAUGGCACUUGCAUGUCUCGGGUUCCUCAUCUUCCUGCUGGGAGCCGAGUGCACCAACUGUCUCAGCAAUCCAUGGGCCAAGGCUAGGAUCGUGGUGGCGUCGGGGGUCACUUUCAUGCUCUCGGGACUUGGUGCCGCAAUUCCCGUUUCCUGGACAGCUGACACCAUCAUCAGGGACUUCCAUAACCCUGUAGUGCAUGAGGCGCUGAAGAGAGAGAUGGGUGCUGCCAUAUAUGUGGGCUGGGUGACAGCGGGAUUCUUGUUUGUUGGAGGGGCAAUUCUCUGCACCAGCUGCCCACCAGAGAGGGUCAAGCACCUCUCUAGGUAUACGGCAACAAAGUCAGGCACCCAAAGCAGCUAUGCAUUUAAGAACUAUGUGUGAGUUUAAGACAUGACCAGUUCAUCACUGAGGUGUAAUGACCAAAAUGAACGUGCCAUCAUGUUACAAAAGGACAUUCUUACAUGCUGCCAGAUGUUACACGAUAGGAAUUACAUUUUCUUCACAUUAGUUUUGUGCCAUGUACAAUCAUGGUUGAAAUCUCUCGGUCAGAGUUUUAACUUUUUUUUACACUUAUGCCUUUUGAUGAAACCAUGUUAAAGAAUAUGAUGUGUGUAAGAAACAACUUUGAGUUAUGUGAGGGUCCCUAAAAUGUUCUACUUUGUCUGAAAUGACGUUUUACAAAUUAAAGGCCAUAAGUGUUCAUUUAAUUUUUUUAAAUUCAAAUUCAUUUAAUGGUCCUAAUUGAUUAACCUGGUGUUAUUUUUUAAUGUUAUGACUGCAUGUUUAAUUACAUAGGGACAAGUCCAUAUGGUGAUUGAUACGAUGUAAAUACAACCAAAAAUGACUGGAAUACAAUACUGUGUUGAAAACCGUGUCCACCAGUGACUAUACUAUGCCAUAGAACUAGUUUUAAAUCACAGUUUGAAGUCUUUUUUUUUGGAUUUGAAUUCUUAUCCUUAUAUGUGAAUUAUUUUGAAGUGCUGUUAGAUUUGGUAAGUCAGUACAAAUUUGGUGUGGCAUUGAAAAAGUAUUUUUAAAAAAAGUGUCACAUUUAAUUAUAAGGUAUGUUGACAAUUAUGAUUUUUUUACACACAAAAAAAAAGGUUUACUCAACUGACAGCCAUUAUAUAGUUUAUUCUGUUUUUCAUAAAGAAUAAAACGGAUGUUCUUUGUCAGCUACUUCCAUGUACACCCCUUUAACGUGUCUUCUGUCUGUGUUCCUAUUUGAAUAAAAUUUGCUUCCAGUUUUCAUA